UGCUCCACCUCAUCAUCACAUUCACACACCCCACUCUCAAACACAUUAAAAAACAACACCACCACCACUCCUCAAACUUUUCUUCUUUCCCUUUGCAAUCAUCAUCUCGUACAACUUACUCUACACCGUAUUCAAACCGUAUUCCAUCCGUAUACGAUACACUUUCAUGGCAGACAACAACAACAUCACCACUCCACUCCUCACCUCCGAUCACCUAACCAUCACCGUCGACUCCAACUCCAACUCGACCACCGCGCGUCCCGACUCCAACCCCUUCCGCGCGUUAGGUUUCAACGAUACGUAUCCUCCGUUGACCGUUCCAUCGUCAACUACACUGGACCCGUUCCGCAACAAUAAAGCAGGAAUUGAAGGGUUUUACGAAUGGGUGAAGACGAUAGUGUGUAUACCAAUAGCUUUGGUUCGUUUGGUGAUAUUUGGAUUGUGUUUGGCGAUAGGUUAUGUUGCUACUAAGUGUGCACUUCAUGGUUGGAAAGACAAAGAUAACCCUAUGCCUAAGUGGAGGUCUAAUAUUAUGUGGAUCACUAGAAUUUCUGCUAGAUUCAUUCUUUUUUCUUUUGGCUAUCAUUGGAUAAAACGGAAGGGAAAACCAGCCCCAAGAGAAGUUGCUCCAAUUAUUGUAUCUAAUCAUGUAUCUUAUAUUGAGCCUAUCUUCUAUUUUUAUGAAUUAUUUCCAACCAUUGUGGCAUCCGAGUCUCAUGACUCCAUACCUUUUGUUGGCACGAUCAUUAGAGCAAUGCAGGUUAUAUAUGUUAACAGAUUCUCACAAUCAUCAAGGAAGCAGGCUGUCAGAGAAAUAAAGAGAAGGGCUUCUUGCGAUAGAUUUCCUCGAGUGCUUUUAUUUCCAGAGGGAACCACGACUAACGGCAGGAACCUUAUUUCCUUCCAACUUGGAGCAUUUAUCCCUGGGUACCCAAUCCAGCCUAUAAUUGUACGAUAUCCUCAUGUGCACUUUGAUCAAUCUUGGGGUAAUGUUUCUUUGGGACAGCUUAUGUUUAGGAUGUUCACCCAAUUCCACAACUUCUUUGAGGUAGAAUAUCUUCCUGUCAUUUCACCUCUGGAUGAUAAGGAAACCGCUGUGCAUUUUCGUCAGAGGGCUAGCCAAGCUAUUGCAACUGCUAUGAAUACUGUCCAAACUGGACAUUCUUAUGGAGAUAUAAUGCUUCAUAUGAAAGCACAAGAAGCAAAACAGGAGAACCCCUCAAGUUAUAUGGUUGAAAUGGCCAAGGUGGAAUCAUUAUUUCAUAUCAGCAGCCUGGAAGCUGUGGAGUUUCUGGAUAAGUUCUUGGCUAUGAAUCCAGAUCCCAGUGGUCGUGUUCAAUAUCGUGACUUUUUGAGAGUUUUAAGACUCAAGGCUUGUCCUCUUUCUCAAAAGAUAUUCGCAUUCAUUGAUGUGGAGAAGUGUGGGACAAUUACAUUCAGACAGUUCUUGUAUGGAUCUGCACAUGUUAUGAAGCAGCCAGGGUUUCAUCAAGCCUGUGAAGUAGCUUUUGCUGAGUGCGGUGGUGCAGUAAAGGGCUACAUCGCAGAACAAGAAUUACGAGAUUCCAUCCAAUCUGUUAUUCCCAGCUGGAAUGACAAUGAGGUCCAUGAUCUUUUCUUGUUAUUUGACAACCAUAAUGACGAAAGAAUUUUCAAGGAUGAAUUUCUUUCAUGCCUGAGAAAAAAUCCUCUUCUCAUAGCUCUUUUUACGCCUCAACAGCAGCCCAAGGAAUCAUGUGGCAAUGGAGUGCUAGAUAUAGUGUGAAUGUGUGAUGCAUGGAUUUUACAUGUGAUUACAACCUCUGGCUUUUUAGGAUGUUGUUCUUUUAGAAAGUACAAAAAAAAAAAAAAAACAAGAAAAGGGUAGGAUUCCCUGGGAUUACAUGCAUAUAGUAUAGGAUGCCGAGGCCUAAUUCUUUUUUUUUCCUUUAUAUUACCUUUCCUUGAUUAAUUAAUCAUAUAAAACAUUAUCAUUUGUUGAAGAUCUGUGUUUUCUGGCUUGUUUUAAAAGAGUCAGAUUUACACAGCUAGAUUUCUGUUAAACUAUUUUGUUGUGAUCAAGCUGAUCCAACAUUUGAGUUUUGUUUGGUUCAGGGACCAUUUUGAUAUUUGGGGUCAAUGUGGUCCAAGGUUUGAUCCAACGUUUGUGUUUGUAACAAAAAUUAUUUAUGUAUUAUUAAAGAUGUGUUGGAAUCUAAUGAAGAGUGAUUUGCUGUCUUAGAGCAUUUUUGUGA